UCUCACUAACAUUUUGCCCCCAGUUUGAAAAUAGAACACAUAUAGAUUUAUAAAAAACAUAAUCACACCAAGUAGUAAUCAAAUACCAGUAACCAAGAUGAAUUUAAAGAAAUAUAGUCCCGGUGUCCUUAUUGGCAACUGGUUCGAAACUGCGCGAGCUAAAGAGUUGAAAGUUAACGACAUGCAAAAGCAACGUGGCCACAAGAAGCUGCUUUUGGAUGAAACUCGCUCAUUGUACGAUCGUUUUCGUCUUAGGACAAUUUUGGGCCCACCCCAGGAAUAUGUGGUCUUUGGCGGGGUAAUGCAAUUGAUACCGGUACGAAUAAAUCUUACCGAUACCCACAUGUCGGACAUUAAACUUGCCCUCUCGCUGGUCAUCAAUCAGCAAAUGCUGCACAAACACAGUCAGACAAUCAAUGAACUCUGCGAAUUGAGUUUAGCUCCAGCUCCGAAUCCCUGUUUACGUAACUCCUUUCGCAUUGUCAGUCCAGCCAAUGGACUCGAACGUCCGACAGGGAAUUAUGUAACCUAUGGCGAAAAGUUUCGUUUACAAUGCAUGGAACCAAUCGAUGAUCCAAUGUAUCUAUAUAGUGCUCAGAAACUAUGCAAUCUGACGCCAGCCGUCAAUAGAUGUUAUUCCACAUCGAAGAAUGGUGAAGAAAGUCUGCCACUUGGUAUUAUAGCUGGCAAGAACUGUGGAGUAAAUGCUCUAGUACCUGGCGCCAAUGCCAAUUUCUUUUGCAUUCACUACGAUUUGACUCGCCGCAUCGAGAGCGAAGGACUUCCCAUUCCUAUUGAUACUCCACUGGUUAUUGUUCAUGCCGUAACCAAUCGAAAUCUGGCCUCUGAGAAUGUUGUUCUUAAUACACUUUUUGGACCAGAGUUAAUGGUUUCUGUGCAGAAUUAUCGAAAUAUAUUCAAACGCGAAACCUGGAAAAAUCAUUGGCAAUUUACCUACAUGGCUAACUAGUUAAAUGAAUCAUUUACAUUUAGGGUACUUCUAUAUAUUUAUAGGAAUUCAAUUUAGAAUAAACCUUCCACAUAUGCUACCUGA